UUGGCUGGCAUAGCCAUUUGUAAAAUUUGCCACUUGAGACAAAACUUCACCAAGCAUUGAGCCAACCAAGUCUGUGAGAGAGAGAGAGAGAUGACUCUGGGUCUGAUCAAUGCGAACCCCGUGGUUCACGCUAAGAAGGAAAGGGUUGCUCGCACCGAAGAUCCUCACGGUGAUGACGCCGUUGAUCCUCUCGAAAUCUAUGAUUUCGUGAGGGACAUCAGAGAUCCGGAGCAUCCAUAUUCCUUGGAGCAGCUCAGUGUUCUGUCGGAGGAAUCGAUCACCGUUGAUGACAAACUCGGACGUAUUCUGAUAACUUUUACGCCGACCAUUCAGCAUUGUAGCAUGGCAACAGUGAUUGGUUUAUGCCUUAGAGUUAAACUAAAGCAUUGUUUUCCUCCACAUUAUAAGGUUGACAUUAAAGUCUCCCCCGGAUCUCAUGCAAAUGAAGAAUCAGUAAAUAAGCAGCUGAAUGACAAAGAAAGAGUUGCUGCAGCGCUAGAGAAUCCCAAUCUUCGCCAACUUGUUGACGAGUGCCUCUACUCCAGUGAACUCUGAGAUAAAGUAAUCAUGUUGCUCAGAAGAACCAUUGUACAGCAGAAUAUUAGCAGGCAACUUUGCAAUAAAUAAACCGGUUUUGUUUUGUUA